GAUAAUUUGGCCUAUCAAAUUAUACAAAAUCCUUCCUAAUUACAAACACCAAUUGAUGACAUAACAUUACAUGACAAAUCAAACAUAACAUAAGUGACACACAUAAACAUCACUUUACCCACAUGCAAUAAUAAAAGAAAACACACAAAACAAAACCUUCCCUCCUUAAAAGGACCAUACACCCUCUAACACAUCCUUACACACACACACACACACCAAAAAAAUAAACAAAGACUUGUUCCAAUUAAUGGAAAAGCAGCGCAAUUUUGAAGAAUCAUCAUCCCAAGUGGCGGUGGUGAUGGUGCCGCUAGCGGCGCAGGGCCAUCUGAACCAGCUCCUCCACCUCUCCCGCCUGAUCGCCGCCCACAACAUCUCCGUCCAUUACGUGGGCUCGGCCACCCACAUCCGGCAGGCCAAGCUCCGCCUUCACGGGUGGGACCAUCCUUCCAACAACAUCCAUUUCCAAGAAUUCCCAAUACCCCCCUUCACCACCCCUCCACCCGACCCCGCCGCAUCCCACAAAUUCCCAUCCCAGCUCGUCCCCGCCCUCACCGCCACCACCCACCUCCGCCGCCCCCUCCACGCAUUCGUGGACGGGCUGGCGGGGGCCUUCAAGAGGGUCAUAGUUAUCUACGAUCUCCUCAUGUCUUACGUCGUGCAAGAUAUAGGUUCCAUUCCGAAUGCCGAUUGCUAUAUUUUCCGUAGCAUUUCUUGCUUCUGUGUCUGCUCCUGGGAAGCGCCGCCCGAUCUCCCCACCGCCGCCGCCGGAAUUCUCACGCAAGUCCCCUCCGUCAAAGGCUACUACUCGAAAGAGUUUCAAGAUUUUCUCGAUUUGCAAUUCAGCGCGAAGAAGGUUUCUUCCGGAGAAAUCUACAAUUCAUGCAGAGAAAUCGAGGGUUUUUAUCUGGAUUUAUGGGAGGAAAGAAUCAACAAAGAUGGGGUUUUAAAUUUGUGGGCGAUGGGGCCAUUCAAUCCCGCGAAAAUCCCUAUAAAAACCGAUCACGGAUGUUUGAAGUGGCUCGACAAACAGCCGCCGAAUUCAGUAAUCCUGAUUUCAUUCGGCACGACGUCGGCGAUAUCCGACGAGCAAAUCGGAGAGAUCGCGGCCGGGUUGGAGAGGAGCGACCAGAAGUUCAUUUGGAUCGUGAGGGAUGCAGACAAGGGCGACAUCUUCGCCGGAGAUCCGGUUAGAGAUACGCAGCAGCGGCUGCCGGAGGGGUUUGAGGAGAGGGUUAGAGAAAGAGGGAUUGUAGUGAGAGAAUGGGCGCCCCAGAUGGAGAUUUUGGGGCACCCGUCGACGGGGGGGUUUAUGAGUCACUGCGGCUGGAAUUCGUGCUUGGAGAGCAUCACCAGCGGCGUGCCCGUCGCCGCGUGGCCGAUGCACUCCGACCAGCCGGCCAACGCCGUGCUGCUGGCCAGGGUGCUGCGGAUCGCCGUCGAGGUGGAGAGGUGGACCCGGCUGGGGGCCAGGGCGGUGGUGGCGGCGGGGCGGGUCGAGGAGGUCGUGACGACGCUGAUGGCGACGGCGGAGGGGGAUGCCAUGAGAAAACGGGCGGCGGAAUUGGGAGAAAGAGUGAGGAGUUCGAUGGCGGAAGGCCGCCGGCUUGAAUCGUUUAUUGCUCACAUUACUCGAAUUUGACUCAAAUUCAAGCCUUGAUUGCUCAAGUUACUACCUACUUCAAAGUUGAAACUAGACUACUAAAAUGAAUAAUAUAAAUAUGUAUGUAAAUGUAUUAUUUUAUCAUGCAUGUACUCCUAAAUUAAAUUCUUCACUUUCGCCCAAAAA